AUGUCUCAACUGUGGGGGGCCCCCACCGCACGCUGCCAUCAGUCUCCUCCAAUGUCUCAACUGUGGGGGCCCCCACCGCACGCUGCCAUCAGUCUCCUCCAAUGUCUCAACUGUGGGGGGCCCCCACCGCACGCUGCCAUCAGUCUCCUCCAAUGUCUCAACUGUGGGGGGCCCCCACCGAACGCUGCCAUCAGUCUCCUCCAAUGUCUCAACUGUGGGGGGCCCCCACCGCACGCUGCCAUCAGUCUCCUCCAAUGUCUCAACUGUAGGGGCCCCCACCGCACGCUGCCAUCAGUCUCCUCCAAUGUCUCAACUGUGGGGGGCCCCCACCGCACGCUGCCAUCAGUCUCCUCCACUUGGAAGAUCAUCCUAAAGCAAAAGAGGGCCGAAGUCACAGCAGAAAAGUCAGCAACAGCCAAUAAUACCUAUGUAGGUAUAACUACCACCAAUGUUUGGGUAAACAAGGCAUCACACGACCCAGCAAACACGACCUCUCAGGUAACUGGUGACCGACCAACCACCUCCCAGGUAACUGGUGACCGACCAACCACCUCCCAGGUAACUGGUGACCGACCAACCACCUCCCAGGUAACUGGUGACCGACCAACCACCGCCCAGCUAACUGGUGACCGACCAACCACCUCCAGGUAA